AAUUUGCCACAUGGGUUAGUUGAUUUUGUUUAUCAAUCUGGAACAGCCAAAUUUGGAAUUGAAAUCCUGAAAUUAUGCGCAAAUUCUCAUCCUAAAAUGCAAGAUAUCGGCGAGCAAUCACCCCAGGCAGAUGACCAAACGAAUUACCAAGAAAAUCUGGAAGACAUGAUGGAUUCCAGCGAACCCACCUAUCCGGCAUCGGUUCUUGCGUCGCGGAACCGCUUCUGUCGCUUAUGCCUGAAGAAGUCGGAAAGUUUUCUGCUGCCGCUGGUGGCUAAGAUCGAACACGUCACCGUAAUGGAAAUGCUGCUGAUGGUGACAGGGGUUGAGCUGGAGGCGAAUCCGCUGUUCCCUACCAAGAUCUGCUCCAACUGUAUGACCAAGCUGGAUUUCGCUUACAGCGUCCGGCAGGAGUUUUUGAACGGUACGGAACUGUUGCUCAAGAUGGGUGUUGAGAAUAAGCUGGUUGGGUAUUAUGCACAGUUCGAUCCGGUGAUUGGAAGUUAUACGGAUGAAGUGCUGAAGGAAAGCCGGAACGUGUUGGAAACGGCAAAGAUUGAAGUUGAUGCGAAGGUCGAGGGAAGUACGGAAGUGCUGGCUGAAGAGGUGGUGGAGGAUGAGAAGUGUGAGCAGAAGUUAGAGCUUUUAGAGUUUGAGGAGUACGAAUGCCUUGAUGAAGAACUGGAGGAACCAGUUGAGGGAACAAAUGAGACAGUUGUUAAUGUGAAAAGCGAGAAAUUAGAUCAGGAAUUGAAAGAUGAAACGGAUCCAAUGACUGAGGAAUCUAGCGAUCAAGUUGAUAACGACAAAUUCGUAUAUUCUUGGAAGGAACUAGUUAAACCAAAGCGUGUGAAGAAAGAGCGCCCGGAAAAUCCGCUCAACGGAAUCGACAGGAAAGCAAAAGCUGAUGCCGAAUUGUUGGCGCAAUUUCCUCAAACAACCUGUUAUAUCUGUGAUACGGCGCAUUCGACAUUGGAGGAACGGGACGAGCAUUUGAAUGUGCACAUAGGAAUGGUCCCUCAUCGUUGUGAAACGUGCAGCACCGAAGAGGAACCAGUCAUCUCCAAGAGUGUAAUCACCCUAAAUAGGCACCGAUUGAUGCAUCGUUUGCCAUACAAGUGCACAAAAUGCUUCCGAAGGUUUAUCUCAAGUGGCAGCCAGUAUACCCACAUCUGGAGUAUGCACAUGACUGGUUCGGAGGGAUUGAAGUGCGAUUACUGCAACAAGACUUUCAACCAGAAGCGUUCAUUUCAGGCCCAUGUUCGACGCCAUCGUUACAAAGCCAAUGGCAAAUAUCGGUGCGAUGUUUGCGGUGAUACUUGUGGCUCAAGUCUGCUCCUAACGCGACACAAACGGAAGCACACUGGCGAGAAGAAUUUCACCUGUCCAUAUUGCUCGAAGCGCUUCAGCAGGGCUUGCAAUUUGCUCACACACAAGCGAAUCCACACGAACGAGCGCUGCCAUCGAUGCGAGGACUGUGAGCGAAGCUUCCGGGACAGUGUAACGCUCAGAAAGCACCGGGAACGAUUCCAUAUGGGACGGGUGCCGGCACGGAAGUCAGAUCGGAAUCCAUUCGUCAUCGCCCCAGAUGGACGUAAAAUGUUCCAGUGUCCGAUGGAGGGAUGUGCGUACGAGACCCACAGCAGCACUUCCAUUUCGCGCCAUAAAGCUCGCCAUUUGAAGCGAUACGUUUGUGGCGAAUGUGGCAAACGGUUUGCCGAGCCGAAUCUGGUGCGGAAACAUCAGGCCACCGUGCACAGUGCGGAUAAGAAGAAACGGGGUCAGAAGGACCGGAGUACAAAAGAAGUAGCGGUGGCCGUACAAGUGGAUCCCGGACAGGAAAUUGAAGUGGUGGACUAUGUCACAGUAUCUGACGAAAAGUAAACGCUUUUGGAUAUUCAAAAA